CACCAAAGGCGGGCCAUGAAGGGGAAGGCCCCCUUCCGGGUGUGGGCGGGGCCAGAAGGGGAAGCAACUGGAAUUUCCAGCACUGCAGUGGCGCGAGCUGGGCUUGCAGAGGCGGGGCAGGCCCCGGCGACGUCCCAGCCGCAGAGUGGGAGGCCGGACCCAGUACGGAGUUUGACAGGGACAGGUCUCAGUGCCAUGCCUGUCAGGAUGCUGAUGAUGACACUGGAGAAGUCCAGCAUGGGCGUGUUGGUGCUUGUGAAGAAGACGAUGUUUAUGAGGAUGAUGCAGAGGCAGAAGCUGGAAGUGCUUGCAAUGAGGAGGAAGGCCCAGGCAAAGUCCAUUCUCAUCCACAUGAGCAUGGGCUUCAUGAUGCUGGCCCUGGUCCUGUGUCUAGUCCUCCUCCCCACCAUGAGCCUCUCCUUCCGGCCAGUGUUCCGCCGCCUUAACAAGGCUGACCUUGUCUUCAGUUCCCUCAGCUUAAGCAUUGGGUUCCUGAUUGUCCUCAGCCUGACGCUCUUUGUAGUCAACUGCGAGACGCUGCAACCGAGGCCACAGGUAUCCUACCUGAUGACCACCUACCUGUGCUGGAGCGGCGGCGCCUUGAUGCUGUGGGCCGGAGCACUGAGCUACUUGAACCACGUGGGCAUGUGGGGCAGAGGGAUGACCUCUAUGGAGCGGCGGUUGAGCUAUCGCCGGUGGGUCUCGCAGCAGAGCACCCAGAGGUCCACGCUCGAACAGCCGCGGUCAGACCAAGACUCCAAGUGCACCGAGGACGUGCCCCAGUUCACUUCCCUCCCCAAGACCCUCCCCUAAGCCUCUCUAAACAAUGGCACCCGAGCUUCUCAGGACACUGACACGUAACUGCGCCCAGGUGCCAGGCCAGCUCCUUUCAUCUUGACCAUACGCCUGAGAUUAAGCUUCCCUGGAGGCCCCACUCCCUAGAAACCCUCCAAGAACAGGUAACAAAGUCCCGCCCCUCGAACUAGGGCCCACCCUCUGCGGCUCUUCCAGCCCAGAGUCCUGACCCUACACCCCUCUCCCUGGAAGUCCGACAGCGCCCCCUCCUGUUCUGCGCACUGCCUUUGCCGUGUGGCCAGUUUGUGUGGCCCCGCCCCCGAGCCUAGCUAGGCCCCGCCCCCAGUUGUCUAGCCCUUGCUGGCGACUGCCCGAAGCCUCAUUCCAUCGUCGGAAUUCCUCCCCCUCCGACCACCAGCACCGACCCAGGAUGUCCAGUCUUGCCCCCAGGCCAACAGGACACUGCCCAGCAUUUGACGCAGCCCCACUCCUCGACGGAACAGGCCCCUCCCCAGGGAGGCGUGGCUUGCAAUGACAUUUCCCGCCUUCCUCGCCAUCAUAAAAUAUGGGCCCAACCUCGCAAGAGUCUGACUCUCCGUUUUGUGCCCUCCCCCAGGGCAGGCUCAGAGUCCUUGCCUUGCCCCUUGGGGUCUGAGCCUUUCUGAGCGCUAGUC